GGAAAGGGAAAGAAGUGAUCACAUGAAGUUUUCACUUUUGGUGACCCAGAUCAAGAAACGUUGCUAUCAAUUCACACCAAAAUUAAAAAAAUAAAUAAAACAAACAUAAAAUUAAAUUGUCGUGCCUAAUCCAAGAACAAUCCUUACAAACACAAUCAUCUUUCUUUUGAUUUCACCUUCUAACCUAAGCAUCAAAAUUGAAAUAACGGUUGACAUCUCAUUCAGGCAUUUCGUCGAACACAUACAUAGCAUGCAUCUUGACACAAAGGGGGAUGAACUGUGAAGAUUGAGAAUCGAUUAUUUGUUGAUUUGAUGAUGAAGCGUUUCUUGAUAUGUCGCCGCCGGCGUUGCUAGACACCGGCGGAGAGUUUUCCGAUACUUCCCACCUAAGAAAGGUAAGAUUUUGAGCACUUUAAACUUAUUUCUUCGUUGGGAUUUUCUGGGUUUGUUUCAAACGAUCGAAUUUGCUUCAAUUAUUUGAUAUGAAUUCGUAUAGGCAAUCUGGGUUUGUGAACUCGAGUGAAAUGAAUGCGAAAUUUGAGUUUAGUUCCCCGUCAACCUCGAAUUUGGGGUCUGAAAUUCCCACAUUUAGUUCAAUAUCUGGUCUUUCAAAGCCGAGAUUGAUGAAGUCUAGGAAAUCUCAGAAUGCCAAGUCAAUGGGCAGCUCAGAAACCCGGAGAAUCGAUCCGGGUUUUAAUCCUUUUCGACCCGUUUUGGAUAAUCUUGCAGGGGUUUCAUCUAGGUUAGAGAGUGAGGAUGAUAAUGGAGCAUUUAUGAACAGUAGUAAUAGUAGUAAACAUUUGAAUUUGAAGGUUACAAGUAAGGUUGAGAAAGUGGGGGAUGAACUUAUUGAUGAAAUUAGGAAACUGAGAAUUGAGAAUCAAAAUAUUGCUAGACAAAGUAAAGGUGUUUCUAAUGACUUGCCAUCUGAGCUUCCUGAUAAGAUAAAAAAUUUGAACCUUGGAGGUUCAGGUAGAGAAAACUCGAGAGUAUCCGGUGUUGUAGUUGAUAAUGUGAGUGGUUCAUUUGGUACUUCAAUGGAAUCUGAACUUCCUAUUGAUUUGGAGAGAUUGAAUCUUAAAGAUACUGGUGAAAUGGGUAACCCUAAUGUUGUUUUUGGUGCUUCUGGUAGUAAUAGUUUUGUGUUUGGGAGUACUAGGACAAUGAAGGAUUCGACUGACCCGAGCAUAGCAAGCACACUUCCUAAUAGGAUUAAGAACUUAAACAUAGCGGACCCCGACAAAAAUAGUGGCACUAAGAAGGAAAUGAACAUCAACCAGAACAAUCGGACUGCUAAUAGAACUGAAUCUGGUGAAGUGGAUACAAUGAUUUUGGAUGAGAUGGCGAAGUUGGAAAUUCUAGGUGAUUCACAGGAAUCUAGUGAUCAUCCAAGAACAAAACAGGUUGGAAGCAUGAGUAAGGAAGACAGUAGAAUACCAUGUCAACCCAAAUCUCGAAACCAAAUCAACGAACAUGAUGAACAUUUUAUUGGUCCUCAAGUAGCUGAAACACAAUCGGAUAAGGGCUUUGGAUUUUAUGAUGCAUCUACAUCAUCUUUUUCCUCUGCUGGUGUUCACUUUCAGCCGGUGAGGCAUGAAUUUCAAGCGCCUUGUACCGAUGGUGCUGAGAAGAAGGAAGGUUUUACUUUUAGUAGCAAGCAGGAUGGUUUAAGGAUUCCCCAUGUUGAAUUAACACCUGAUUCAAAAGGGAAUUUGUUCACUGGGUCUAAAGUGCAAACCGGAUUCAGCGCCAAGAAAGGAUUAGUUAAAGACGCUAAAUCCAAGGGGAGGAAGGCAAAAGUUAAAGAACCUAAGUCAGUUUUAUUGUCCUUUGCGAACAAUUUUACAUCAAAAGAGAACAACAUGCAACCUGAACCUUCCGAGUCUUACUCACCAAUGGAUGUUUCUCCUUAUCGUGAAACUGAGUAUGACGAACAAUUAAGUAGAGAGCAUUCAUUGACAUCUGAGAACCAGACAUCAUUGGGUUCACAGACAUCAAUGGUUUCUAAUGAUGCAAUAGAUGAGGAUCUGAUUAGAGCUACAGAAAGCAUGGACAUUAAUGAAAGCAAUGCUGUUAAGCAUGAUGAAGCAGAUGACCAAGUUCAAGUGGAUUGUGUGUCUGCAGUUGAAAGUGAAAGUUUUAUGUCUGCAUCGGAGAAUUUAGACGAGAAUGGAGAAAAUGAAGUCGAGUCAAACAGCGAGGAAUGUGGGUAUUUCUCUGCUGCAAGUUUUGCAAGCCAUGGAGAAUCUUCCUUCACUUUUGCCGCUUCAUCUUCUAACCAAGAUCAAGCAUCAGCUGCUAUGCGCUUUAAUAAGAAGAAAAUCCGUAUGAAAGGUGGCUCAGAUAUCUAUAUUCCCACUAGGGCUUCUGUACUAUCUGAUGCACAGUUUUCUCCAAUUGCUAGAGUUUCUGUGCUCCCGUCACAGGUGGUGCAAAGUGAUGUUUUACCAACUGCUCCUCCAAAAGAAGGUAAAAAGAUUACCUCUCCAACAACAAGCAUGGCAAUGGAAGGUAAUGUUAUUGGGGAUGCAAAGAAAGUUACUUCACUUCCAAGGACUUCAUCUGGUCCAGCUCGUGCAGCACAAGAAGCUUGUGAGAAGUGGCGCCUGAGGGGAAACCAAGCUUAUGCGAAUGGGGAUCUGGAGAAAGCGGAAUAUUACUAUAGCCAGGGGUUGAGCUGUAUUCCUCAACAUGAAACAUCUAGGGACUGCCUCCGGGCUUUAGUGCUUUGCUAUAGUAAUCGAGCUGCAGCUCGUAUGUCUCGCGGAAGAAUGAGAGAAGCAUUACGAGAUUGCCUGGUUGCUGCUGAGAUAGAUCCCAAAUUCUUCAGAGUUCAACUCAGAGCUGCAAACUGUUACCUUGCUCUUGGUGAAAUUGGCGAUGCAUCACUACAUUUCAAGAAAUUGUUGCAGUCAACUGAUGUCUGUGUGGAGCGGAAAAUUAUUCUAGAGGCUUCUGACGGCUUACAAAAGGCACAGAAAGCAUCUGAGUUCAUGGAUCGUUCUUCUGGACUUUUGCUGCAAAGGACAUUGGUUGAUGCAGAAAGUGCUCUAGGAGUUAUUGCUGAGGCUCUAAUUAUAAGUCCAUACUCAGAGAAGUUACUUGAGAGUAAAGCAGAAGCACUUCUCAUGUUGCGGAGGUAUGAAGAGGUGAUACAGCUGUGUGGGCAGACUCUGGAAACUGCUGAGAAGAACUCUCCUUUACUAAGUGCUGAUGGACAGUCAUUAUAUUUGGAGGCUUCAGAGCAACUCUUGAAGAGUUAUUCUUUCCGGAUUUGGCGCUGUUGUGAUAUGUUCAAAUCAAACUUCUAUUUAGGGAAACUGGAAGAAGCUGUUGAGUUUCUGGGGAAGCAAGAGUGCUGGAUGUCUAUGGUGGCCAAGUUUGGAAAUGAGACCCUUGAGUCAUUUAUACCUCAACUUUCCACAGCCCGUGAGCUGAUAAACCAUAAGUCUGCAGGAAAUGGAGCCUUUCAAGCCGGAAAGCAUAAAGAAGCUGUUGAGCAUUAUACUGCUGCUUUGUCUUUCAAUGUUGAGUCCCGUCCUUUCAGUGCUGUAUGUUUUGCCAACCGUGCUGCAGCUUACCAAGCAUUGGGGCAGAUCACUGAUGCAAUUGCAGACUGCAGUUUAGCAAUAGCUUUGGAUGAAAAUUACUUGAAGGCAAUAUCAAGAAGAGCCACCUUAUUUGAGAUGAUUAGAGACUAUGAACAGGCAGCGAAAGAUCUUGAGAGACUUGUGUCUCUUCUAACUAAGCAGGCAGAGGAAAAGUCAACUCAUGCAGGAGCAUAUUUGCCAUUGGGCUCUGUAGCUGAUCUAAGACAAGCUCGGCAGCGGCUUUAUCUGAUGGAGGAGCAAGCUAAGAAAGGACUACCUUUGAAUUUUUACCUCAUUUUGGGAGUAGAGCCAUCUGUUACAGCAAAAGAUCUGAAGAAAGCUUAUCGUAAAGCUGCUUUGAGGCAUCACCCUGAUAAGGCUGGUCAAUCACUAGCAAGAGUCGAGAGUGGAGAUGAUGGUCUCUGGAAAGAAAUAGCAGAGGGGGACUAUAAGGAUGCUGACAAGCUUUUCAAGAUGAUUGGCGAGGCAUAUGCAGUUCUUUCAGACCCUGAUAAGCGUUUGCAGUAUGAUAUGGAAGAGGAGACAAGGAACGGCCAAAGGAAAAGCAGUUCAAGAAUGCACACUGAAACUUCAUUUAACACAACUGCAGAAAGAAGUGGUGGUAAUGGAGGACAAUGGCGUGAGACGUGGAGAUAUUCUGCCAACCCUUAUUCUCGAGGGUUUGAGCCUACUAGACCCGGUAGUAGAUACUAUUGACAGAAAAGACAUGCAGUUGAAUCACGAUAUGGACAUAUGGAGCGAAAACCAGUAGAUAAAUCACGGUAUAGAAUAUCCAUUGCUCAGAAGUCAGAACUCAGAAGCAAGGAUAGAGGACUUCUUCAACUAAACCUGGUGAUUAGCUUGAAGUUCAGAAGCACUGUUGAGAAAGACUUCCCAUCAGAAUGUUGGUGACUAACUGAAGCCAGAAGUGUCUUUCUUCCUUCUAGAGUACAUAGAUGAUGAAAAACAAAAAACAAAAAAAAAAGAGACAAAUUUCUUUCAGAUUCUUUUUCCUUAUUCAAACUAUUUAUCGAUUUUCUUUUCUCCGGGUGUGAAGGGGUUUUUUUGUAUGUGAGAAAUCGAUUUAUUUUUCUAGUUUGAGAUGUAAAUACAGGAAAAAAAUUUGUAUAGCACGAAGAAUUUGCUUUCGAUUGAAAUCAAAGUAUGAUGAUAGUGUUUGUGUUUGCAUAUG